AUGUCGACUGAGCGAUCGCUUAACACGAACCGUCCGCUGAAGCCAUCUCUUGCCUCAAACCGUACCGCACGAACACCAAAUGCGCCCCGAGUCGCCGCGACGAGCAAUACGACCACAUCUGCAAAAGCUCCGGCGGCAAGAUCAAUACCGACGUUGAGGUCAGAGCCGCCUACACCGAGGGUCAAGCAGACAAGCACCCCUGUCAACAAUGCAUUCUCGAACGGCAAUGUCACACCUCGUUCGUCGGCGAGGUCUUCCAGAGUGGACAGUACGAACUCGUCGCCCACGCACACCGAUACUACGCCGGGUGCUCAGCGGCCCAAGUCAGCAUUUGUAGCUUCGCAGUCAGCGAACGGGAAGGGUGGUCUGGGGAUGAGCUUGGGUGGCCAAAGCAAGACAUUCGUUGGCAGACCGAAGAGCUUGGUCAGCGACAAUGGCAGUAGUAUGCGAUCAGCUCCGCCUACAGUUCGAUCGCCUGGGGAUGGAGCACUGGAUGAUGAGCGCUUCUUUCACGCCAGCGAUGCGCCGAAACAACAAGAGACAGCUCCGAAGAAGCCGGAGGCCAGAAAGCCAGCCGCCUUCUUCUACGCUGAUGGCAAGAAAGAGCUAGACCAGCCGUCUCCAAUGCUGUCCGCAGUAUCAGAGCAAAGAUCUACCGGCCCCUGGAUCAGAUCUGAGCUUGUGCCGAGCCCUCCUAAAAGCCCACCUAUGCUUUCACCAGGACUCAGCAGUCUAUCGAGCAUAUCGCCGUUCUUUGGACCUGCGCCGUCGCAAGGCUCGUCACAACGACCAGGUGCUCCAAAGGAGAACAUCCACCUGUCGUAUCGGAAAGGAGUAUCGCAGAUUUUUGGCUCAAAACCAGCUCCAAGCCCUCGCUCUACUGCCUCGAGUGCAGACAUUGGACCCGUCACCCCUGGCUUGGAGCGCACAAUAAGCCAAGAAUCUGCAUCUGGCUUCCUCCACCACCGAAAGUCACCGAGUCUCUCUUCAAUAGAAUCUGGCAACUCUGGCCCAUCACGACGACGUUCCGCAACUACUGCAGACCCCGAGUUGAGCUCUUCGCCGCUCGUCAACGAGGUCAGAGCGGCGACUGUUCCACGUGUGGCGAAGCCUCCCAGCGAGCUACCUUCAAUAGACACGUCGCUUGACCCUACAGGUGUACUAUCACCGAACGCUCUUAGCCCCACCAAGGCCAUCUCCGAUUUUGCAGCAGAUGCUCGAAGAGAACGCAAGGUCUUGGACCUGGAGAUCUCAAACAGCUCGCUACUCGCCAUCAAUUCGAGUCUAGAACGGGAGGUGCGGCGGCAGAAGGCAGAGCUGAAACGCUUCCGGCGUCUGUCAAGAGCUGGCAGAUUCUCGAAGGCACCAGGUGAAGGCGCCGCUGCCAGGGUCUCAGAUGGCCUGUCAAUUGUUGGAGAGGAAGAUGAGAAUGACGAGCAAAUGUUCGGGCCGCCGUCGGGUCUUACAGAGCUGUACGAUGAUAUCAGUGACGAUGACGACCUAAGCCUCGCCAGCUCCAGCGAGCCUAUGAGUCCGUCAUCACGAUCGACUCGCGAAAACAACCGGUUGGCGAGAGAUGAGAGGCAUCUGCAGGUGGAUCUGGCGAAGCACAAAGAGCUGCUCGUGCAGAGCCAGGCGAUGAACCAGAGCAUCAAGCGGUGUACGUACGCUACGGAAGACAUGAUACGUGAAGGCAAGAAGGCGCUUGAGUAUCAUGUGCGCGUGUCGGACGUGAGGAUGGGUGGCAGGGUGCUUAGUGUCCAUCUAGACGGCGAGGAGCAGAGUCAGGAGAUCGAGGUGGAAGACGUAAAUCAAGAUGACGAUAUCGACCACACGACCUUCCUCGCCGUCUGGGGCGGCGUCGGCAGACCUAGCUUCGAGAGCAGCGAAGGCGGUGACAGGGACUCCGGCAUCGAAGUCGAUCGACCGCCUCCGCAGAGGUCCUUACCGCUGCGGCAGAAGGCUGGGAACACGAACGAUAUGGGCAGGCCUCCUGGCAGCAAUGGCUCGAAUGUCACCGCAGGAGCAGCUUCUGUGGGCUCGUAG